AUGGCAAAAAUACUCCCAUUUUGCGCCCUUUUCCUUGUGACACUAAUAGUUAUUUACUUGUGGAACGUGUCAAAUUCCAUAAACUACGAACUGGAAGCCAAGGAAGAGACUUUAUUACUGUCCGACUAUGAGAGAAGCCAGCGAGGUGACCCCUCAAACUUUUCUCAAAUUCUGCAACAAGUGAAACACAUAACCGGGUGUCUGGACCGACCCAUGGAACCCAAGAUCCAACAAAGAGGCGACUAUUGGGUGCUGUACAACUACAUAGUGGCCCAAAAACGGUUCAAGUGCCACGAGAGUGUGACCAUAACCACGUUGGGCGACUUCACCUUCCUUGAUAAUAUCUUACCAAUGGUGGAACGCUGGAAAGGGCCCAUAAGUGUCGCCCUUCAUGCCCCCGGCACUGACUUCAACGCCGCCUUGGACGCGAUUAAACACCUGCGUUGCCACAGCGCCCUUGUCAGGGAAUUUGUGACCUUUCAUAUUUUUUUCCCGAGCGGCCACAUGCCGCCAAAAAAUUUAAAAACGUACGACUUUGAAGACGACCACGAAUGUCCCGAAACGUUGCUUUUGCCCAACUCGACCUACAAGAGCGCCCACCAGCUCGUUUUUCCGAUAAAUUUAGCUCGAAAUAUUGCACGUGAAAUGGCACAGACCCACUUUAUUUUUCCCUUGGACAUCGAACUGUACCCCAGCCCUUACCUCAUCCCCAAAUUUCUCAAAAUGAUCGCACAGAACGGCCCUUGGGCCACGCCCCGUGUGUACCCCCUUGCGGUCUUUGAAAUCGAAACUGGGCAAAAAAUCCCAGACAAUAAAACGCAAGUCCAGGCAAUGCUGGCGAAAAAUUUGGCCGUGCCCUUCCACCACAACAUUUGUGCCCAAUGUCACGACAUUCCCAAGGCCCUUAAGUGGCAAAAAACGGCCGAAACGCCCGGUUUGCGCGUGUUUUACUCGGCGAAACGAAAGGGAGAGUAUGUGCAUUGGGAGCCCUUCUACAUCACCACGCACCAGGAACCACUGUAUGACGAGAGGUUCACGUGGGAAGGCCAGAAGGAUAAGCUGGUUCAAGGGUUCGUUUUGUGUAUCCUGGACUAUGAUUUUAUGAUCCUGGAUAAUGCCUUUUUGGUGCAUAAGCCGGGCAUUAAAGUGAAGACGAUGGACGAGAGGAGGCAAGCCAUGACCGACUUGACUGAUAUGAGCAUUAAAACCGAGAUUAUGCCACAGCUGGAGAUUUUGUUUGGGAGGAGAGGAGGGUGCGAGGUGUGA